GCCGCCGCCCCCCGCGCCGCCCGGCUAGGGCGAUGCGGGCGCCCCCGGCGCGCGGCCCCCGCGGGCACCAUGAGCCCCCUGCUCCGCCGGCUGCUGCUCGCCGCGCUGCUGCAGCUGGCCCCCGCCCAGGCCCCAGUCUCUCAGCCUGAUGCCGCUGGCCACCAGAAGAAAGUGAUGUCAUGGAUAGAUGUGUAUGCUCGUGCCACCUGCCAGCCGCGGGAGGUGGUGGUGCCCCUGACUGUGGAGCUCAUGGGCACUGUGGCCAAGCAACUGGUGCCCAGCUGCGUGACUGUGCAGCGCUGCGGCGGCUGCUGCCCUGACGACGGCCUGGAGUGCGUGCCCACUGGGCAGCACCAAGUCCGGAUGCAGAUCCUCAUGAUCCGGUACCCGAGCAGCCAGCUGGGGGAGAUGUCUCUGGAAGAACACAGCCAAUGUGAAUGCAGACCAAAAAAAAAAGAGAGUGCUGUGAAGCCGGACAGGGCUUCCACUCCCCACCACCGUCCCCAGCCCCGCUCUGUUCCGGGCUGGGACUCUGCCCCCGGAGCACCCUCCCCAGCUGACAUCACCCAUCCCACUCCAGUCCCAGGCCCCUCUGCCCACGCUGCACCCAGCGCCGCCAGCGCCCUGACCCCCGGACCUGUCACUGCCGCUGCCGACGCCGCAGCUUCCUCCGUUGCCAAGGGUGGGGCUUAGAGCUCAACCCAGACACCUGCAGGUGCCAGAAGCUGCGAAGGUGACACAUCGCUUUUCAGACUCAGCGGGGCCACUUGCCUCACAGGCCACACCCCAGAGGAGGACAAGAGGGCAGCCUGGUGUGACCGGCCCAGCCCACAAGACCUCAGCCUGGGCGGAAGCUGCUCCAGGCCCUGGGCUUCUCGAAGGGCUUUCCACUUGUCCCUAUUUCUCCAAGGCUGCCACCCAACAGGGUGGACAGAGUGGGACGAGGAGACUUGGAGGCAGCAAGAGCGCUCACGUUCCCACUCGGGAGAGAAUGGGGUCCCAUCUCCGUUUUUAACCACCUUGUGCAAGUGAGCAUCUUACAACUGGGUCUGCCCUCCCCUCGCUAAGAAGACCCCGAUCCUCUGCACAUCAAGGGAGUUGGGCUCUGGGACAAGAACUGUGACCCCCAACCCUGAUAAAAGAGAUGGAAGGA